AUGUCUACAGCCGACUCUACUGCUUCUACUACCGCUCUUACCCCUGCUAUGAACCAGACUUCUGUCAAUUCUUACCAGAAUGAUACGGAGAUGGAGAACUGUACGACUACGACACCGGUUGUCAAUGAACCCUUUGAUUUUGGAAAGAAUAUCCAACUACUCAUCAGCCGUACCCAUGCAAAGGUCCAGGAGGGCUACCCUACCAGUGGUACCUACAUUCAAGAACUGAAGGACUUACGUGCUUCAAUUACUGAGCUCCAAGCUCUGAAGUUGGUAAUCCAACCUAGCAAUGCCACUACCAUCGUAUCUAAUCCUAUCGCUGCCGUCAAGAAUACUGACGAUCGUCAUGUCCCUUCCCAUGUACCCUAUUUUCAGUGGUCUGGAGCUGUAACUGAUACUACCAAGCCUGUUUUCCCUAGCUUCAAAGCUUGUAUGAAUUGUUUCGAGGAUGUUUUGCAUGCCUAUCAAUUGGACCUGAACCAACAUGGACUUCGUUUACUAAUCAUUUGCCUACCUACUGCCAUGAGAGAUUGGAUGCAAGCGGCCAUCCAGGGUAAGAAGAACCUUCCUUGGGAAGACUAUCGUGAGGCCUUAUCUUUGGAGUAUGGUGUCACCCAGGAUGCUGAACAAGAGGUCAACACCAAUGCUCUCCUCUUGGUACAUCCUGCGAUCCCCUGUACCAGGUUUAUCUCUGCUCUUCCUCUGAUACUUGCGGACCGUGUCACUCUGGCCUUAGCAACCGCUCCUAGGGACACAAAACGCAAUCUUACGUAUGUGAUGUCGCUCACCAGAGACCUUAGCAAUCAAUUUGCUCACCGUGAUGCUGCCAACGACGACGCCCGUCCUACUCCUAUGCCUUUGGGAAGUGCCGCCUCCAAAUACACUUACAGUACUCCCAGGACAAACUUGAACCAUGCUGCCCGCCAUCAACGACGUGUUCGUGGACCCUUUUUUUCUGGUGCCAUGUACUGCUCUCAUCAUGGUACUUCUGGCCAUAACACUCCCGAUUGCCGUGCCACCAACAACCACAACAACAACAUGUCUCGUCCUACUCGUAAUUGUUACACCUGUGCCGCUGAGUGGACACCUAGCCAUCGUUGUCCUAAUGCUAGGAGUAGAAACAAUGUCCGUUUUUACUCAGCUCCCACCACAGCUCCCACUACUGAUGCUCAUCAUCUUCCUUCCUCUCAACGUUCGCCUCCCAAGAGCCACGUUGACGAAGCACCUACUCUUUCAUUUCCAUUCGUCCAAGACGAGGAUCUCCCAUCUCUUCAACCAUUCCACGGUAAGUCUAACAUUACCAUCAAUGACGAGCCUGCUUCUCUCAAUGACCGUACUAAUUCUAUCAUUAUUCCUGUCACUAUUCAGAACUAUAAAUGCUGGGCCUAUGUUGACUCCGGUUCGAACUUCUCCUCCUUGAAGCCUUCUUUAGCUUCCAAAUUGGGUCUCACACCCUCUUUACCUACUCCUAUUGCAUUAAAUAAAUCAUCUUUGUUACAAUCUAAAAAUCACACUAUUUCUUUGGGCGAUGCUAAUAGCUCCAUCGAGCGUAUCGGUUUUAUUGACAACGUUCAUCUAUUCUAUAAUAAUCUUCACAUUCAUCAUACCUUCGAAGUCUUCAAUCUGAAUAGUGAAGCUGAUGUUUGCAUUGGCACCGACCACAUGUCUAAAAUGAACAUUAACAUUACUGGGCUCACUACUACAUGGGACGAACAUGUUGUGUUUUAA